UACACGAGAAAUAUUUGCGUUUGAACCGCAUCCAAAGAGGUCAGAUAUAACCGCGCGAAUUGUCAUACGCGAUCCCACAGGGUUACCGAGGGUCGUGCUUAAAGACUUGGUUAUCGGCUCCUUGACAGAUUCUACUGUAUCGAGUGUCACUUCCGGUUUAGAUCUCCCCUAGACGAGAGCCGUCAACACUAGCCAUGUCCUACGCAUGUGAACCAAUGUUUUUAGAGCUAUAGCAAGUUUCAGCCACUCUCCGGAGCUAACUAUCGUUCGGUUCCGAUACUUGGUGUUUGUGCCUUAUUGUGGAUGAAAGCUGAAAUGCGCCUGAAAUGUUUAUGACCAAGUCAAAGCGACAAAAAGAGGGGUAUUGGGGAGUUAGUACGAUUUGGACGAGUGUCGGAAGGCGCAAAGCAUGCUCGCAAUUCGCCGCAUCAAAUACAUUAUCAAACUCUCCGCUAUAGCUCUUCUUGCCUUGACGGUCGUGAUAGUCUUUCAAUGGAACGAGUUCUCGUACAGCGAAAAGGUCAGGCGGUAUGUCGACGGUCUCAAGGGAGGAACUGGGAAACCCUUUGAUUCUGAGUUACAAGAUUCCGCGGAGGAAACCAACUUAAGGAUUAUCCUUAAGAAUUUGAACCGUGAGGUGAAUGUGUUCUCGACAUUUGAGUCGAACCAAGAGACGCCAACGCCCAAACGUAGUACAGACCCUUCUCAUGAUGAGUCAACGCAUAUGGCACCCACAGCAAUUUCAACACUCCAAACGACAACCACAUCAACCACCACACCCACUACACCGCACUCACGUGAUCCUGACAUCAGCCAUACCAAGAUAUCCAAAUGGAAGCCGUAUCAAUGGAAACGUGAAAUGCGUGGUCAGCUGAAUGUCCACGUAUGGCAGGCGUGGUGCGGUAGCACUGUACAUGACUUGCGCAGAAACUGGUUCUACCCCUUGUACCCGGACCUCCGCCUCACGGUCAAGCGAUUCGUAGUACAACACUUUGAGAAUGAUUACGGUCAGCGGGUGUUCGGCUUUCUCCAUCCCCCACUAACCGGCCAGUAUGUGUUCGCACUGUCUUCUGAUGACUCUUCCGAGCUUUGGUUGAGCGUGGACGAGGAUCCCUCGCGUGUGCGACUCCUUGCGUGGAUCGGGAACCGCACGAGCCUCGAGGGCGGAUAUCGUACACACUUCGCACAGUUCAACAAGUAUCCAACACAGUUCUCUAAGCCUAUCUUCCUGGAGCAGGGCAAAAAGUACUUUGUGGAAGCACUUCACAAGCAAGGCUCUCAAGAUGACCACCUUCUUGUUGGUUGGAAAAUUCCCGGCUUCUCGGGGUUACGCUUCAUCUCCAGUGACUCUUUAUCGAUGUAUAUAGACGAUAGGAGCACGUCUAAGGAUGUUACUGAAUACGCCAAGUUUAUACCGCUGAAUCUUCCAAGUCACUCGCAUAUGGGAUUAUCAAACGUUAUUCUUGAUAAAGAAAAGCAUAAAUUUGGAACUGGAAACUCUGAGUCCUACUCACAUACAAAGAAGGUGUUAAACCGCCUUGAGAUUGCUAGAAUGCUUCCCAUGUGCAGGUAUUCGCCGAGCUACUUGGUGAACUUCGGACUUGGAAGAUACGACGGAGUUAAGUUGAUUCACGACUCCGCGGUUUUUAAUCCAAACGAUUUCACCGAAUUUACCCACAUGAAGAAAUACGACCAAUGCUUCAACAGGAGGUUGAAAGACUCGCACGGGAACCCUGUUUACCGUGUCCCUACUGUAACAAACAUCUCCUUAUUUAAUGAUGGAAGUAUUAGUGUGCUGACGCAUGACAAAAGCGUUUUACUGCUAGCCUCUCCCGAGGAGUGGCUAAGAGACUUUAUCUCGAGGAAUGAGGGCUCAAAGUUUGAAGAUCUCCAUCAAGAGGUAAACGACUCCAUUAAACUCCUGACUGAUAUCUACGGCAAGCUCGCCGCCAUCAAUAGAGUCCCGGUCCGCAAAGCUAAUGAUAUCGGCGGUCAAGUCAAUAUAUCAAACUACGCUCAUUUGAUCGUAAAUAGAUUAGGCAGUAAUAGUAAUAUUUCAAUUGAAAAGAAAAAUAUUGAGAUGGACUCGAUUGGCACGAGAGGUCACGCGAGAGUUAAGCGUGAGAAUAAAAUAUCAUCCACAAUAUCUGCUGGCAAGGUUAUACGCAAGCGUAAAGGUAGAAGAACUAAAAAGAAAGGUUCCUUAGGCUCAUACAAGCGGGGCUUGUCAUAUAGAAGUAAUUCUUUAUCUAAGAAUAAACGUAAUAGGACUAAACGAAAAAAGUCAAGGAAGAGAGCAAGAACGGCUAACAGGCGGUUAAAGGGUGUUCAUCAAAACCAGGAUUUAGUGAGAGCACCUAGACACGGCGUGCCAUUAACUCGCUAUCCCAAACAAACACUGCGCGCGGUCAGACGAAUGCAGCAGGAUGCUCACUACAAGGAUAAGGCGCGGAGAACUGUGGAAGACCUGUCUAGAGACAACGGGGAAAGGGUUCAUGGUACCGUGAGGAGACUGCUUAGCGACAACAAGGAAAGAGGCUCGAUGAGAAAGCUGCUGACGAUCAGCAUGGCUGGUGGUGAUAAUGCACAGAAUGGUGGUAAUGGGAAAAGAGUAGACAAUACCCAAGAUAAAAAGGUUCAACUUGCAGCUGCCAACAGUGAAACCACCAACGAGUACGACCGUCUGAACGAUUCUCCGUACCUUCAGCCCCGACGUGUCCACACCAUUCCCCCUUUACCUUUCCGUCCAUACGGAACCGUCAAGUACACCGGGGGGAUGCCCAUUCACCUCUUCAGGGACAUGUUUCUUUCUCGACUGAACAUGGCACGUGAAUAUGUGCGCAGACUGCAGAGAGUCGUCCAAUUCUACCGCUACAACAUGACGUCACAGCAUGUCUCUGACCAGAUCUACAAGCGGUUUGGCAUCCGAAUGAGCGCACCGCCUCUAUUUCCUGUGCUCAGUUAUAACCCCUGGCUAUACCACCACAAUACCACCAAGUGCCCGUCAGACGGGAACCUCGUCCUUAGCACACAGGUUGCUAAGAGUGUUGUCCGCCGCUACAUGGAAAUCCUCAACAACAAGACUGGAGGCAAAUAUGCAUUGCGCAAGAUUCUUAACGUGGAGGAAAACCAUGACGUCCUGAACGGUGACAGAUACCUGAUAGAGCUGGAACUUCAUGUUCAUGGUCAGCGUUCUCCUGUUCGUCUGUCGCAAUACGUCUAUCAAAGGCUUGGAGAGGAGACAUUUUGCCAGCCCCAUAGCUUUAGAAUCAGAGAGCACGCCACUGUCCACGUCAUUGUACCAGUGAAGAAUCAAGGUCGAUGGGUGCAGUACUUCAUCGACGAUAUGUCCGAGAUCUACUUACGCACCAGGGACCCGCACUUCAACGUGAUUAUCGUGGAUUUCAACAGUACGGAUAUCGACAUCAAAGCUGCUCUUGAGCGCAGCCCUCUUAGAAGGUACAAGCUAAUCAGGUUGGAGGGAGCGUUUCAAAGGGCGUAUGGGAUCCAUGCCGGUAGCACGUACGUCAAGAGUCCCCAUGACAUCAUCUUCAUGUGUGACCUCCAUCUGGAGUUACCAAACAACAUGAUUGACAUAAUUAGAAAGCACACUGUCGAAGGACGUAUGGCGUUCGCUCCGAUCGUCACGCGACUUCACUGUGGCUUUACGCCCUCCAUACCAUACGGAUUUUGGGAGCUGCAAGGCUAUGGUCUCUUUGCGAUUUACAAAUCCGACUUUAUCCGUGUUGGCGGCAUGAAUUAUCGUGAGUUCGGGACGCAAUGGGGCGGAGAGGACUGGGAACUACUAGACAGGGUACUUUUAAGUAGAAUGGAAGUGGAGCGGUUAAGGAUCCCCAACUUUUAUCAUUUCUAUCACUCCAAGAAAGGAAUGUGGGGGGCGCCGACGGUGGGCGUGGCGACUAGUGUGGUGUCAGAUUACUACAGCAGCGACAGCCAGGUGAUUCAGCUCCACGAGGAGACCAAGGAAUGGGAUGAUGAUGAUGACACUGCGGAUGAAGAUGAAUAUGACUAUGAUGACGAUGAAUAUUGAUAGAGGAGUGCCCAGGCCUCGAGUAGUACCGGGCCAGGAGGUGUCAUUUGUGCCCAGGCCACGAGUAGUACCGGGCCGGGAGGUGUCAUUUGUGCCCAGGCCACGAGUCGUACCGGGCCAGGAGGUGUCAGUAGUGCCCAGUCCACGAGUAGUACCGGGCCAGGAGGUGUCAGUAGUGCCCAGUCCACGAGUAGUACCGGGCCAAGAGGUGUCAUUUGUGCCCAGGCCACGAGUAGUACCGGGCCAGGAGGUGUCAUUUGUGCCCAGGCCACGAGUCGUACCGGGCCGGGAGGUGUCAUUUGUGCCCAGGCCACAAGUAGUACCGGGCCAGGAAGUACGAGUAUGGCUCUGGCAGGGAACAAAGCUAGCAUCGUCAGUCGGUUGCCGUUAACAUCAGGUGCUCCGCAUCCCUACGAUACCCAGGCAGAACUCUUGAUUUAUCUGCCUUCUAUAGAUGAACAGAGAAUCCAAAGACAUGAGUAAGAGCGCGCAGUACUUAAUGCUUUAAUGCUUUACGAUAUAACAUUUAUUUUAACAUUCUACAUUACAAAUAACCACGUGGUAGGCAUUAUCCGGGUAUGUAAAUAUCUAAAAGAAUCUAUUAUAAAAGAGAGAAGUUAAAUGUGGGAAUAUUAUUUUUUGAAGUGAUAUCAGAUAUUCAAAUGGAAUUAAUAUUAUAAGGAUUAUGAAAAAAAAAACAAUUUGAAUAAAAAAAUGUCUGCAACCUUAUCGCGAGGGUUACAAGCUAGAAUGAGUAAGUAAUUGAACACAGGAAACAAAGUAAAACUUUUCUGAAUAAAAAGGCUAGCGGUGGUUAGUUUUAGACCCGA